GCGAAAACUGACUCCCGGCAGGAAGAAGAAGUUUCUUUUCAAGAGGCAGAGAGAGACAGUCGCGGAACAAUGGCGGAUUCCUCCGAGUCAUACCACAUGGCCACCAGCCCCAGCAGAGCCACUCGGAGAGGAGACAUGACCUCCAGCCCGGGGCGAGAUCUGCCACCCUUCGAGGACGAGUCUGAGGGGCUGCUGGGAGAUGAACCACUUCCUUUAGAGGAGGAGGAAGAUGGGGAUGGAGAGGAGCUGAUUGGGGACGGCAUGGAGAGGGAUUACCGAGCCAUCCCAGCGCUGGAUCAGUACGAGGCGGAGGGUCUGGAUCUGGAGGACGAGGAUUUGUCGGAGCUGUCGCCCAGUGCCCGAGCCGCCGCUGAAGAGGCCAUGAGGAGGAGGGACAGGGAGCCGGGCGCAAGUGGGAGGCUGAGGAGAGGACUGCUCUACGACAGCGAAGAUGAGGAUGACGAACGCCCUGCAGCUCGGAGAAGGAGAUUGGCUGAACGUGCAGCUGAAGGCAUCGCAGAGGGAGAGGACGAGGAAAUGAUUGAGAGUAUUGAGAACCUGGAGGACAUGAAGGGCCACACGGUGAGGGAGUGGGUAUCCAUGGCAGCUCCCAGGCUGGAGAUCUACAACCGCUUCAAGAACUUCCUGCGGACCCACGUGGACGAGAACGGCCACAACGUGUUCAAGGAGAAGAUCAGUGACAUGUGCAAAGAGAACAAGGAGAGUCUGGUUGUAAACUAUGAAGACCUGGCAGCCAGAGAGCACGUCCUGGCCUACUUCCUGCCAGAGGCUCCAACUGAGAUGUUGAAAGUUUUUGAUGAAGCAGGUAAAGAGGUGGUGCUGGCCAUGUACCCCAAAUACGACCGCAUCGCCCACGAGAUCCACGUCCGCAUCUGCAACCUGCCGCUGGUGGAGGAGAUCCGCUCACUCAGGCAGCUCCACCUGAACCAGCUGAUCCGGACCAGCGGCGUGGUGAGCAGCUGCACCAGCGUGCUCCCCCAGCUCGGCAUGGUGAAGUACAACUGUAACAAGUGUAACUUCGUGCUGGGCCCCUUCUUCCAGUCCCAGAACCAGGAGGUGAAGCCGGGCUCCUGUCCCGAGUGUCAGUCCCUGGGGCCCUUCGAGAUCAACAUGGAGCAGACUGUGUACCAGAACUACCAGAGGAUCACCAUCCAGGAGAGUCCUGGGAAAGUGGCCGCCGGACGCCUCCCCCGCUCCAAAGACGCCAUCCUGCUGGCCGACCUGGUGGACAACUGCAAGCCCGGAGACGAGAUUGAACUGACGGGCAUCUACCACAACAACUACGACGGCUCUCUGAACAUGGCUAACGGCUUCCCGGUGUUCGCCACUGUGAUCUUAGCCAAUCACAUCACUCGCAGAGACCAGGGCGUCGCUGUGGCUGAGCUCACCGACGAAGACGUGAAGGCCAUCGUCGCCUUGUCCAAGGACGAGCGCAUCGGGGAGAGGGUCUUUGCCAGCAUGGCGCCGUCUAUCUACGGUCACGAGGACAUCAAGAGAGCCCUGGCCUUGUGUCUGUUUGGAGGAGAGCCCAAGAAUCCAGGUGGGAAACACAAAGUGCGUGGAGACAUCAAUGUGCUUCUGUGUGGAGACCCGGGAACCGCCAAGUCCCAGUUCCUAAAGUACGUGGAGAAGGUGGCGAGUCGGGCGGUCUUCACCACGGGUCAGGGGGCAUCCGCUGUCGGUCUGACCGCCUAUGUGCAGAGACACCCCAUCAGCCGCGAGUGGACGCUGGAGGCCGGAGCGCUGGUGCUGGCCGACCGUGGAGUCUGUCUGAUCGACGAGUUCGACAAGAUGAACGAUGCCGACAGGACGAGUAUCCACGAGGCCAUGGAGCAGCAGAGCAUCUCCAUCUCCAAGGCUGGCAUCGUCACCUCGCUGCAAGCCCGGUGCACCAUCAUCGCCGCCUCCAACCCCAUCGGCGGACGGUACGACCCCUCGCUGACCUUCUCAGAGAACGUGGACCUGACGGAGCCUAUCGUGUCUCGUUUUGAUGUCCUUUGUAUCGUCCGAGACACCGUCGACCCCGUGCAGGAUGAGAUGUUGGCACGUUUUGUCGUUGGCUCCCACAUCAAGCAUCACCCGAGCAACAAAGAAUCGGGCGUGGCCUUGGAGGAAAUGAUCCUGCCCAACACGUCCGACGUGCCGCCCAUUCCCCAGGAGCUCCUGAGGAAGUACAUCAUAUACGCCAAGGAGCGGAUUCAUCCUAAACUGAACCAGAUGGAUCAGGACAAAGUGGCUCGCAUCUACAGCGACCUGCGCAAAGAGUCCAUGGCGACGGGUAGCAUCCCCAUCACCGUGCGUCACAUCGAGUCCAUGAUCCGCAUGGCCGAGGCUCACGCCAAGAUGCACCUGAGGGACUACGUGCUGGAGGACGACGUAAACAUGGCCAUCAGGGUGAUGCUGGAGAGCUUCAUCGACACGCAGAAGUUCAGUGUCAUGAGGAGCAUGAGGAAGACGUUUGCUCGGUACCUAGCCUUCCGCAGGGACAACAACGAGCUGCUGCUCUUCAUCCUCAAACAGCUGGUGGCCGAGCAGGUGGCCUACCAGAGGAACAGAUACGGAGUCCAGAACGACACCAUCGAGGUUGCAGAGAAAGACCUGCACGAUAAGGCAAGACAGAUCAACAUCCACAACCUGACAUCGUUCUAUGACAGCGACAUCUUCCGCUCCAACAAGUUCAGUCACGAUGGAAAGAAGAAACUGAUCCUGCAACAGUUCUAGGAGCCCGACUCCUCCUCAUCAGUUGUGCUUCAUAAACUCUAUUUCAGGGCCCAAAAGGGGUAAAAACUAAUCCUUGUUUCCUUAAGGUGUGGACUCCAGGGUUAGACUUUCUAUGUCUGAAUGGAUGAAAUUGUUCUGCUGGAGGAAGCAGGCGGUAGUAAGAUGGUCAGAGAGGGUAAAAUGCAGCAGUAACACUCCAUAAACAUGAUGUUUUGGAGCUUUAAAUGUUGUGUUGACCUGAUUUGAAUCUUAAAGUAGCAUUGAGGAAAGAGGGGAUGUUGAAGAAGAUGGAGAUGGACAUUCAGAAAGUCACUUGUCACCACAUGAAGAGUUUGGGUCCAAAAUAAAAGCUAUUUUUGUAAAACAACCCAAAUGAAAGUUAUUUGGAAAAAAAAAACCCUGUACAUCAGAAUAUAGAUAAAUAACAUAACUUAACUCUUCAGAUCUUUCAGAAACAAUCAGUGAUGACAUCACUCUUCCUCCUGCAUUUUCCAUCUUCCCGUCUCCUUAGCCGCCCUCAGGUAGGGCCCAUUGUAAAUAAAUGUACAUGUUUACGUCUGUUAUUAAAAAAACAGGAUUACUUGUUUCACUUGAUUCCUCUCUGUUACGAGCUGCUGUUUAGACUCUCUGACACUUGCAUUUCAAGCUUUUUUUGUUCGGUGUGUUCUGAGUUUGUUCAUGUGAAGUGAAUAAAAUGGAAAUGUUAAGCCUCCAUACUUGGCAAAAGUGAAGAUUUGGAUAUGUUGGAAAUUGUAAUAAAUAACACACAAAGUGCUUAAAAUAAAUGUUGGAUUGUAGGUUUUGAUAUUAAAUAUUUGUCCAACA